AUGAGGUGUCUGUUUGGGGAGCGGGGCGGCGUCCGCCGGGGACCCGGACGAGACUUUGGUUUGCGGGCCCCGCGGAGCGGUGAGGGCGAGGGCGGGCUCCCGGUCCCGGAGGGGCUCCAGGCCGAGCAGGAAGUGACGGAACCGGCAGAGGCAGAGCUGUGGGGCCAGGAGGGUCGACCUGGCUCGCAUGCCGACGAGGAGGAGGACGCUGUGGAAUACCAACCGCACCAUGCUGAGGAGGCCUCGGCCAUUGCCAAGCAGCCUACAGACCAGGACACACCAGGGGUCCGGAGAAAACCGGCCCCGAAAAGCCGCACCCUUCAGAUGUCCAGCCAUUGGGCCGACCUAGACGAAAUCCCCAGUGGCAGAAGCGCACAUUCGCCUAGCUGUGAGGAAUUACAGCAGGCUUCUCCCGGAGGCCGGCCCUGGGGAAACCCUAGAAGAGGCCCUAGAGGUCGGUUGAAUAUCCCUGUGGCUCUCCAGCGGCCUUCGAAGGAAGGCAUGGUUGGGCCUCCUUCUGACCCCGAGUCAUCGGAUGAGUUCAGCGAGAUACAGAUGAUGAGGGUGAAUAUUUACCCCAAAGGAGACGGCCAAGCAAAGACCAGCAGCCAGGGGGAUCCCAGAGACACACCCAGACACCUGAAUCCCCAAGUCAGGGAGAAAGUCUUUCUCGGGCCAGGCUCUUUCCUGGCCUCCACUUCUCGUAGGCUCACAUCGGCCACGGAUCGGCAGCCUGUUGGAGAGCUUGAGCUCUUGUCCUCUAAGAAAAUGCAAAGUGUGGCCUCUGGGAAGAGAAGCACCAAGCCCAGGUACACGGGAGCUGCUGCUGCAGGCUGCCUGCCUCAUGCCACUCUUAAGAAGAAGGUGGCCCAGGAGAAGAAAUCCAGCGGUGGUGCCUCCAAAAGUGCCCUGGAGAGAAAAUACCAGGCCUUUCUUACAUGGGGGAGGAUGGUGGCAGGAGGCAGCGUGGCACCAGCCACCCUCCCCCCAAUCUCUGGUCUUCCAUCUGUUGGAAGAGCCAAGAGAUAUUCCUCGGUCCAUCCGGCAACCAAACAGUCCAAAUACAGCAGUGCUGGGAAGAAACCUGUGGCAGGCAGAACAUGGGAAUCUGAGGCAGUGGCUGGAGAAGAUAACGAUGAAAGUGGAGAGCCAGUCCCAAAGGGUCAACUUCCAUCAGACUACCCACAUUUAUCUUGCCUGUCCAUGCAUCGUGGGGAAUUCAGCGGUGGAGACCCCAAGACCAGGAGCUCCCAAGUUCCAGGAAGCUCACAGCCCCUGGUCCUGAGCCAGGGAGGCAUCAGUCUCAGAGGGCCUACACCCUCAGGGACCGGCUGCGGCUGCAGCUCUGCCAGCAUCGACCCACAGCCACACUCCCUGGGGCCACGGUCUCUGAUGGGUCUAGUCACCAGGAGCCACUUGAUGUUCCCCCAAGAACAGGAACGGCAACAGCAGCUACCUGAAGCACAGAGCUGCCCUGGGGUUGAACCCAGCAUCCGUGUGCCGGAGGAGCAGCUGGUACCUUACGAGCCCAGGAGCCGCAGCCAGCCUGGAUCUCUCCUGUUCUCCUACCCCUACCAAGGGUGCACCAUCUGCAUGACUUCAGAGUGA